AUGGCGUCCGAGCAGCUCCUGCAGCGUCGACCGGGUUGCUUGGUGCCUAUUCUCCUUCUCCUGGCCUCCGUGAUGAUGUGCCCUCUUGUUUGGUCCUCACCGCCGACGACUGUGAGACGGCCGCCGGAGCUAACCUUCCUCGCCGGAGCAGCAGAGAAGGGCGCAGUGUGCUUGGAUGGAAGCCCGCCGGCUUACCAAUUGGAGGCAGGCUUCGGCUCCGGAUCUCACAACUGGCUCGUCUAUCUAGAGGGAGGAGGGUGGUGCAGCACCGUUGAGGCUUGUUCGAAGCACACAAAAUCGGCGCUUGGUUCAUCUAACUUUAUGGAAGCGGUGCAGUAUGCUGGAAUUUUCAGCAACGACCAGAGCCAAAAUUCUGAUUUCUACAACUGGAAUAAAGUUUUCGUGCGGUAUUGUGAUGGGGCGUCAUUUUCUGGGGAUGCUGAGUAUGAAGAUCAAGAUGGAAACAGGCUAUUCUUCAGAGGGUUGCGCAUUUGGGAAGCGAUCAUUGAUGAACUCAUGGAGAAAGGACUUGCUAAUGCUAAACAGGCCCUUCUUGCAGGUUGUUCUUCUGGUGGUUUAGCCACACUACUGCACUGUGAUGAUUUUAGUGCACGUUUUCCUCGGAAGGUUGCAGUUAAAUGUUUUUCUGAUGCUGGAUUUUUUCUUGACAAAAAGGAUAUAGACGGAGAAAGUUUUUUCCGGUCCGUGUACAAUGGGGUUGUUCACCUCCAGAAUGUUAGCAAAGUUUUGCCCAAGGACUGCCUCGCUAAGAUGGAACCACUGGAUUGUUUCUUUCCUUCUGAGCUUAUUAAGAGCAUCAACACCCCCACUUUUAUUCUCAACUCUGGAUAUGACUCUUGGCAGAUACAAAAUGUACUAGUACCAGAUGAAUCCUCUCCCGAAAAGUCAUGGUUGACUUGCAAGGCUAACAUCCGAGACUGUGAUUCCACACAAAUCGAAGUCCUUCAUGGAUUCAGGAAAACAAUGGUAGGUGAUCUGAAAGUCGUCCAAGAUAAGGAGGAGUGGGGAUUGUUCAUUGAUUCGUGCUUCACCCACUGCCAAACACCAUUUAAAAUCUCAUGGGAUUCACAAAUUUCCCCAAGGCUUGGAAAUAAGACGAUCGCACAAGCUGUUGGAGAUUGGCACUUCAGCAGAGGCCAAAGAGUAAAAGAGAUCGAUUGCGAGUAUCCAUGCAACCCAACAUGCAACAGCCAGUUGCCUUCCUAA